AUGUUCAGCAGAAUCAGAGAGUCGCGAGCUGUCUUGCCAGACGUUAAACUUGUUGCCCUCAGUGCUACAUUAUCAAAGACAGCUCAGAGGGAUGUUGCCAAACUACUUUUAAUGAGAAAUAUGAAAGUGGUCGCAUCCCAGCCUACCCGUGAAAACAUUUCAUUAGUUGUCAUGCAAAGACCCCCACUAGGUUCGAACAUUUCCUCAAAGGACACGUAUGACUAUGUUUUCCUGCCAUUAUUGAAUGAGUUGAAAUUGAAGGGUCAGAAGUUUCCACUGACAAUUGUGUAUUGCAGUGGAAGCAUUGAUUGGGUUGGAUAUGGUUUUGAAGUAUCUUCAAAAAUUCUUGGUACCGACAUGCAUGUUGGUAAUAAAAGUCCUGAGAAUCAGCGUGUGCUUAAAGAUAUUAUCUUUAAAAACCUUUCUAAGCCUCCUUGUGAGUCUCCACUAAAAUUAGUGUUUGCUACAAUAGCCUUGGCAAUGGGGGCAUAUCUGCAACAUGAAGAGCGGGUCAUACAUGUUGGAUCACCAAUGAAUAUGGAAGCCUAUAUACAGCAAGUUGGCCGAGCUGGCAGAAAUGGGAAGCAAUGUACUGCAGUGAUAUUCUUCAAUAAUUCUGAUUUAGGACGCCAAGGUGCUAGUAAAUCUGUGAAGGAUUUUUGUAAAAAUGACUCUGAAUGUCAUAAAACUGUUAUAAAUGCCUAUUUCGGCUUUACUUGCAAUGACAGCAUGGCCACUGAAAGGCCUUUAUGUUGUGAUGUCUGUAAUGAAGAACUUAAAAGUGAAUGGCAUUACGAGACACCCAUGGAUGAGAGGAAAAAUGUGUUUUAA